GACUUUCAAUUUCCUUUGAGCUUUCAACAAUGGCAGUUCCACUUUCUUCAUCUCAACCAAGCUUCGUCAUAUCACUUGCUGGACACAACUCCAAUCCAAUAAUUCCUCAAGUGUUUUCUACGGCUUACUUAAAGGAUUUGAACGACUUAGGGAAAUUGAAACUGACCUCUGACGCUUCGGAUACAACCUGGGAUGUGAAACUGAACGGUCGGAGAUUCGCUGGGGGCUGGGACGAUUUCUCAGCCGCUCACUGUCUCCGAGACGACGACGUUUUGCUUUUCAGACACGACGGCGAAAUGGUUUUCCAUGUCACACCUUCCGGACGCUGUUUCUCUCAGCUACAGUGUAAAUCUUGUAGCUCUGGUGAUGAUGAGACAGGGGACGAUGAAUCAGUUUCGAAGAACAUAUCGAGGAAGAAGGAGUCAAGAAUAAAAGCAGAGUCUUCUUCAUCCGAAAUUUUUUGUCUUAUCGGCGUCACACCUUCCAACCUACGCCUAAAUCGAGUGAAUUUUUCAAAACAUUUGUCGAGAUCAAAUGGUUUGAGCAAAAGAUGGUGCGGGAUUGAUCUAAUGAAUCUAAGUGGGGAAUCAUGGGCUCUGGGUCUGCAACACGACAACUUUAAUGGUCAGGAUUAUAUCAGUGGAGGCUGGACUAGUUUCUGUCAUGCAAAUGAGCUAAAACCCGGAUCGUUCUACCGGUUUAAACUUGUUCUGAAUAGGACCAGGCCUUUGCUACGGUUGUGUUCUUAUAUUAUUCCAGAAAGAAACCGUUCCGGAGCAAAUGGAAAAGCUAAUGUUUCGGAGAAGUAUAGCAGGGAAGGUGGGAGUGCUUCGACGAAGCAGAACAAGUUUCUGACUGUAACUUUUAAGCAUUAUAUGCUCCAGUCAGGACAGCUUCGUCUUCCGAGAUCAUUUGCUAGGGAGAACGGGAUCAAGCAGGCAGAAGAGAUCAUUCUAGUGGACAAAAAUGGAGUGAAGUGGCCAUCCUAUGUAGCUUCUCCCAAACAACGAGAAGAGUUUUACAUGGCACAUGGUUGGACAAGUUUUUGUGCAGCCAAUAAGUUAAAGACGGGAGAGACCUUCACGUUGGAGUUUGUUCGAGGAGAAGGCACAACUCCUAUGCUCAAGUUCUGCUUCAUGGCCAAGGCAAAACAAGAAGAGGCUCCAGAAGAGACGGGAGCUCCAUACCAAAAGAGAGCUCGAGUGUCUGUAGAAGUAGGACACUCUCGCCGCACUCAGGCACCUAACAAAUCCAGUGAUGAUCCAAAAAUCUUGCAACGCAAGCAACCACUUCAACACUGCUCAUUCUCUGGUGAAGCGAAAAAUGUGAAACAGAGUAUUGUAAACAUUUUGACUGGUAUAAAACGGUUUCGGUCAGAGCUUGAGAUAAAGGAGCAAAGUUUAAAAGCUUCGUUGCUGGAAAUUGACGCUUUAGGGGAGAAAGUAUUGAAAAUAAACAAAAUCCUCAAGUAAUCCUCAAGUUUAAAAGUGAAGAUUAGGAAAUGGAACACGAGCUUUU